UUCAGGGAAUUUGAACAAGUUGAACUGAUAUUUGAAGAGCUUUUAAGGACUGAUCCCUUUUGAGUGGAAGACAUGGAUGUAUAUUCCAAUGUGCUCUACACGAAGGAAUGUUUCUCUGCCUUAAGCUAUCUUGCUCACAGGGUUAUUUUGACUGAUAAGUGCGGGCCUGAAACUUGCUGUAUUAUUGGGAACUAUUACAGUUUGAAUGGGCAACACGAGAAGUCAGUUAUGUAUUUUAAGAGAGCACUCAAAUUAAACAAAAAUUAUUUAUCUGCUUGGACUCUUAUGGGUCAUGAGUAUGUUGAGAUGAAAAACAUUCCAGCUGCAGUUGAUGCCUAUCAUUGUGUUGUAGACAUAGUCCUCAUGAUUAUUGAGCAUGCCAUGGCUCAAUGUUGUGAAACUGAACAGCUGCACAUGGUUGAGGAGGCAAUCAAGUGUUACAGAAGAGCAGCAAACUGUAAUGACAGGGAAGCAAUUGCCCUGCACCAACUAGCAAAGUUAUAUAAAGAACUUGGUUGUUCUGAUGAGGCAGCAUUCUACUACAAGAAGGACUUAGAGAGAGAGGAUGGAAACUGAGGAUAGAGAAGGACCUAACAUGGUUGAAGCUCUGAUGUUUCUUGCACAACACUACAAAGCCCACAACAGAUAUGAGAAGUCAGAGGUGUAUUGCACUCGCCUUCUUGAUUACACUGGCCCAGAGAGAGAAACAGCAAAGAGUUUGCUUCGAGGAACGAGAAUGGAUCAAUCUGGCUUUGCUUCAAUGCAUGUUGAACGUUUUCUUCCAUGAUCACCCCUACUUGAUUAAUCUUUGACGAUUGUUUGAAGCAGGUAUGCUUUUCCCCCUUGGACCAUGGAAAUCAGAGGUCAGUAACCUGUGCUGGGAUAUCUCAAAAUUAUAUGGCGAGCAUGUCUUGGUCAAUAGAGUGGUACAGAGUCAACUCUUGAAUCUUCUGAGUCAUGUUAAAGGUUGGUUACCUGUUUAUACCAAAAAAAGUUUUCCUCUCUUUUUUUUUUUUGGACCGAGUGUUGUAUCUUAGCAUUACAAGUCUGCUACCAAAACGUUGGGCACAUAAGACAGUAUAAACGU